AUGAAUAUUAACGAAAAAAUUGAAAGACUAUAGAAAGAAAUAAGCGAUUUGAAACUAAAAAAGAAAUACCAAGAGUUACCAGAAGAUGCCAAUAGCUUGUUUUAUAACACUCAAAAAUAUUUGUUUUUUAAAAAGCAACAAAUUAAACCAAUUACACAAAAACCAUCUAAUAAGGGGUUUUCUCUAUCAAAAGCUGUUUUUGGAUGA